UUCGUCACGCCUGAUGUGAGUAGCAUCACCCGAGGGAAGCAUGAGGCCGCUGCUGCAGCAUGCUUCACGCUCCAUCUUCGCCAACGCCCGCUCUAUAGCCCCGUCACACUCCUCCACGGCCGUGCCUUCUGUCCGAAAUUUUAUAUGGUCUGCAUCUAGUACGCCCUCGAUAUGCAUACAGUGCCGAUUCCGAGCUUCAAUAGCUAUCCCACAGAAACAUCCACGUCAGCCAAACUCCCAAAGCUCCGCGCCCCUACACCGCCGUUUUCACCAAACGCCGAAUGAGGAGAGAAGGCCUCCUGACGAGAAAGAGCCCUCCGACCGGAAACCCUCCCCAAAUGUCGAUGAACCCUCUCGGGAUGCAAACGCGUCCUCAAAGCAUGAGCCAAUCGUAGACAAUAUCGCCAGGGUACCCGCCGAAGAUCUGCCCUCACAUCGGGAAGCACAGCGAUGGGACUUUUCCAAGCGGUUGACGGGGCUCAUGGACGAGCUGCUGCCGAAGCUCGCCGUCGUCACACAGAAGGUCAAUACAUAUACCGGGACGGACUAUUCCGGCAUCGAAGCACUGAGAAUGGAGAUCAAGGACCAAGAGAAACUUGUCAAAGCACGUCGAGCCGCAAUUGAAGAAGCGAAACAAGCCUUAGACGCUGCCCAUUCCCAGCAAGCAUCUUCGCAGAAGGAGGUGGUUGCACUCUUGGAACGGAAGCAUUCAUGGUCUGCGACGGACUUGGAGCGAUACAUGUCGUUGAUCCGAUCGGAGCACGUCAAUGAUCAAGCGGUGCGGGAAGCAAAGGAAGCGGUCACUGCUGCGGAAAAUGCACUGGAGGAGGCACGGUCGCAGCUGGAGAAGAGGGAAAGAGCACAAUAUCAUGAAGAACAGAUUUGGAGCGACACUAUCCGGCGCAACAGCACUUGGGUCACCUUUGGGCUUAUGGGCUUCAACAUCUUCCUCCUUCUGGCUUCGUUGGUUGUUAUCGAGCCUUGGAGAAGGAGAAGGAUGGUGCGGGAGAUCAAGACGACUUUGGAAGCCCAUAAAGGAGCCGUUGAGCCGACCGCUGCCACUGAAUAUCAGCCCACAGCACCCAUCGCAGAUAUUAAGGCUGAGAUUGACAGAGUUGUCGAGCCAAUCGAGGGUUCUGCCGAGGUUGUGAGGGAGACCGAGCCGUUUGUCUCAGUAACCCCGACGGAAGGACGUCUCGAGGCCGCAGUGGAGGAGUCUGUCAAGUUCCAAGCCAAAGUUCCGGACACCUCCACCGAACCGGCUGUCCCGGGCGCUGCUCCUAUCAUGUCUGAAGGCAUGAUUCCUCAGGAAGCCAUAAACAUCGAAGAAGAAGUCAAGGCAGCCACGCCGCUGGAAUCUUGGCGACAUAGAGUCGCUGCGGCUGCCCUAGACCUGAUAAGUGAGAGGACAAUCUCGAUUCGAAGGGUCGAUUUCACAACCGCUGUUUUGGAGAGCGCUGCCUUGGGAGCCAUCAUUUCAGCAGCAGUAUUUGCGCUGCUCAGGCCGAGGUAACGCGAUUGACGCCUUCGUAUGCCGCGGGCGCAUCAAUUUCUGUCAUAACUACAUGGCUUCCUCUCCUCAACCCUAAGUCUUCACAUCAAGGACUAGCGAGCGACCACCUGUAUGGCUAAAUUUUGUAUAUAUUAGUAUACAUAUUACUGUGCAUACGAACGUCUAGACGAUGGUCUAACCGCCCAGCUUACGAUUUUCACAUCGCGCCAUGUCAUGACAAGAUUCUCAAAUUACGACGAAUGGAUGCGGGAUCAGGGUCUGUGCUAGCUUUCUUUCAGACCCAAGGCUUUCAAGUCAUAACCGUCCUACUUACAGACCUCUGUAAUACCCAAAGCAACCGCAUCUUGUUGAGCCCUUCUCUCCUGAUCGGAUGUGUGAUGCCUUUGCCGGACAUACGCGUACCAGCCGAAGUACACAGAGAUGGUCGAUAUGACUGUAAUGAUCCAAUAAAGCCAUAUCCAAGAGGAGACGCGCUGGCCAUC